GUAUUUCAAAUCUAUAUAAAUUGAUACAAUUUUUUUUUUAUCUGACAAAUUUUAUCAUGAAAUAUAGGAAGAUACUUAAGAUUUUUACCUGAUACUUAAGACGUUGAGUUGUCGAUCGAAUUAUAAGCCGAAUCCACAUGGAGACCCCACUCCCAGUUUCAUCGCAACUCACCCCUAAUAUUAUUUCUGCAGCCGCCGUCUCUCCCCCGAUUCCACCGGCAAUCAAGAGCGGGACGCUAACACAACCGAUAGAUGGUUCGCCACGCGCCGUCGCUAUUGACACCGGAGGUAACGCGGAGCCACUGGCGGCGGUCCCUGGUGCAAAGCUUCGCCUUAUGUGCAGCUUUGGCGGCCACAUCAUGCCUCGUCCACACGACAAGGCGCUGACAUAUUCCGGCGGCGAGACGCGUCUGGUGGUUGUUGAUCGACGCGCGUCACUGGCCUCGCUCCGAUCUCGACUCUCCAGUAUGCUCCUCAACGGCCGGUCCUUCACACUCAAGUACCAGCUCCCCAGCGAAGAUCUCGAUUCACUCGUCACCAUCACUACUGAUGAAGAUCUGGAGAACAUGGUUGAGGAAUACGAUCGCGCGACGUCAUCAGCGACGGCGACUGCGACGCAACGGAUCCGGUUGUUCCUUUUCGCUAACAAGCUCGAGACCGCCGCUACUAUGGGUUCUCUCCUUGACGGCGCGAAAUCUGAUACAUGGUUCGUCGAUGCUCUGAAUCAGUCCGGUUUGCUUCCUCGUGGUUUGUCGGAUUCCGCCGCCGUGAACAACACACUGGUGAAUCUCGACGAGGCUAGCGGAGGAGAGGCCGAGAUCCAAAACCUAGAAACUAGUGUUGGUGGCGAGAACAACAAGCGAGGGGAUUUGGUCGCUAACGGUGUGAUUUCGCAUCAAGAGAUGCAUAUGAGCUCGAUGCCUGAUUCGCCGAUGAUGGAAGCCGCCGGUUCUUCGAUAGGAUCUUCCUCUUCUUCUCCUUCCACUGCAAAUCUGCCACCGAUCCGCGUUAGAGUUAGCGAAGACCAGAGGAUCGAGGAACAGUUUGCGCAGAUGAGCUUCUCAAAUGUGCACACUCAGAGGCAUAUGGAAGAUGGCAUUGGCUUGAUGGCUAAUCGGCCAACGAUGAUGAUUCCGUCUGGUAUGAUGACCGAUGCUGCGAUGGGGUAUAACAACUCACCUAUUGAUGGUGCUCCUGCCGUAAGCAAUGGCCAGGUUUCACCGGACGACGAUCGAUCCGAUCCAGGUGGAUCCACUGGCUACAGGAAGCCACCUUUACCGAUGCAGCCAGUGAUGAUUCCACCGCGAGGUGCCGGUGGGUAUGGCUUGACAUCUCCUGAUUCAGUUGCAAGUGAUACUAGCAUAUCUUCUGCUACUUCAUUUUCAAAGCCGAUGUACUACCAAGACCAAGCUCCAGCUCUGCCAAGAGCCCCAGUGACACAGCCUGAAACCACCUCGGUCCAAACAACAUCCCACGUCGUACCUCAGCCUGAAACCACAUCAGCCCAAACCACAUCCCACGUCAUAUCUCAGCCAGGUACAUACACAACUAUGGACCAACAACACCAGCCCCAGGUACAACAACCUUUCUUACACCAAGGCGUUCAGUACAUCCCUCACCCAUCACAAUACAUCCCGGUUUACUCUCAUCAGCACCAAAACUACCCGGUUUACAUGAUGCCCGUCCCGCAAUCUCAGCAGCAGUAUGUCCCAGCUGGAACUCCCCCGCUCUACCCAAACUCAAAACCCGCUACAAACGCGAGACCUGAAGCCGCUCAGAACGCUUACCGUGCCGCCGCUGUGUCACAAAUCCCUCAGGCUCUUCAGCAACAGCAACUGCAUCAGCAACAAUACAUGGGUUACGCUGGAGUCUCUCAACAACACGCCUCGAACGCAAAUCCCAACUACGGUGCGGCGUACGAGUACGCAAACGCGCCAAAUGAGACAGUGUAUUACCACGCACAACGUCCUCCUGCUAACACUGGUAUUCCCUUAGCGUCUCCGUACCAAAGCAUGACACCAGCGGCAGCCGCAGCCGCUCUAGCCGAUAUGUCCAAGCAGAUGGCUCUUGACAGUGGCAAACAGCAACAACAUUUGGCUGCGUCUCAACCGCUUUAAGCACUGAAUCUUUGAAGUAAUAAACGCGCAAAAGUCAAAAGCUGUCCCGGCUCUAACCCAUGGCCUAGAAUUUUUUAUUUAUUUAUGUUUUAAACUUUCACAAAAAAAUAAAUACCAUGAUCUAUUAUCUUUUUUUUUUUUUCAGCAAACUAUGUAUUUAUUAUCUGUAUAAAUAGAUAAUCGUUCUAAAAUUGGAAAACUUGGGCA